CUUAGCCUAUUGUAAAUGCAUGACUGUGAAGUGUUUAAUUCUUACCUAAUAUCUUACCUAAAGACUGGCUAUUAGUGGAUUCACUGGAGCUAAAUACUCCCAGUGGAGAUGUGUGAAAUAGGGCUGCAAAAACAAGCUCCCUUUCUCUUUUUAUGAAUGAAUGCCGAGUCCACGUGACUCAGCAAACCAAUGAGCAGCUCAUACCUGCACCGUGUGCAGCUCUGCAGCAACAAGAGGUCACUACACUUCAAAAACGUGGAGGAGAGAGCAGCAACAGCAGCCUGACAGACAAGCCUGCAGCAGCAGCAGCAGCAGCAGCAGUCACAGGCCUUUCAUACGCACAUACAACAGAGAGAGAGAGAGACGCGCUUUCACACAAUGCCGCUGAAAAACGGCAACACCGUGGGCGUGGAGAGACGCAUGGAUCUGGCCUCACUCUUCUGCAUGAUCGGCCGCCACGGUCCCGCCGUGGCUCUGGCUGUGAUCGCAAUGAUGUCCGUGCUGGUGGGAUUCAUCAUCUACCGGAACGUGAGGGGGAAGCGGAGGAAGAAGGCCACGGAGGAGCAGGCAGCCGCAGACGGUGACGGAGACGGAGAGAGCACCGGAGAGGAGGAGAGAGACGCACCGGUGGAGUCAACAGACGUCAGUGAUGAAGGCUCAUCAGAGGUGAACAAGGAUGUGGAUCUGCUUCAGAGUGAUCUCAAAAUCAGGCACCGUCGUGCUGCUGCUGCUGCUGAGAAGACACCUCCACGUUAUUCCCCUCCUAAGAGGAACAUCCGAGUACAAAACAACAAGGACCCCACUUCAGAUGACUCUUACGAAGGGGCAGAGACGUAUGCAGAAAAGGCCAAUCAGAGCCUGCAAAGUGAUACUUGCACAGAGGCUGAAAUGGUGCUGGAGGAUGCUGUCGAUUGCCACCGAGGCGAAACAGAUGACGCGGUUAAGGACGUGUUGGAAGAGUUCCAUGCUAAUGAUGGCUGCUUGAAGGAGCCUGAGCCGAUUAAUGAUGAGAAGCAUGAGGAGGCAGAGAAGGUGUUAAAAGCAGAAUGCCAGGAGGAAGAGGAUGUGACCACAGACGAGGAUGUAUCUGACAAGACAACCAGAGAAGAGGAGGACAACUUUCAGUGUGCUUUGAACAAUCCGGUGUGCUUUGAACAAACCCCUCAUAUGAGUGAAAACAGUGAUGAUGACAGACUGCAAGAUGAUAAAACCACAAACCACAUGGAGUCCAACUCGGAAGAGCCUGUCAUACAUGUAAAAGAUGUACCCCUUCCUUGCGUCUGUUAUGGCAAAGACGAGGAGUUUGAGGAAGACGAUCCAGAUAGUAUUGAUUACAGUAGUUUCUCUGCCAGUAAUCCCCUCUCUCCAGAGGAGGAAAAGAAAAAUGAGAGUGAGGAGGCAGAGGAGGAGUGUUUCGACCACCAGCUCAUUGGUCAGCAAGCUAAGAUCUGGUCCUCAACAUCUGAACAAGAAACAGACAUGACAUCUACGCAGCAGGAGCAGUGUGAUCAUGUGACGGACAAGGUGACGGCGCUUAUUCGGGAUUGUGAUUGGGAUGAAGAUGGUGGUCUAGCUGGUGAAGAAGAUCUAGAUGAAGACCACUUGAACAAACUUACGGCUGUCAAAUUUGACUCGCCACAGUCCGACGAGCAAGACGUGGUGAUCGAACAAAGGGAGGAAAACGAUCUUAGGUGUGAUCAAGACGAUGGCGUUCUUUACGAUGGUGCUGAUCAAGUGAAAGAGAAAAUGCUGACUGGUGACAACAUUGUUGCCUGUAGUGAAGAAUGUGACAGCUCAAGUGUGGCACUCAGCCCUGCUCUGUCCUGUGACCUGAGCUCGCCCGUGAAGGUUGAUAACCACGAUGACGGUCUAUCAGGUAUCUCAGGCAUUGCAGAUUUCGCUGACUUGACAUUGAAUUGUCAAAACCCGCAGAAAAAAGAUAAAACAGAUCCAUCCCCACAUGAAGACACCGAUUUUACCAUUCUUGGCCCUGAAAUGCCAUUACAUGAGACAGAAAAUCAGCCUGAAAACAAUGGAAAUGGCACAACCGAUGUGUUGGCUGAUGAACUCAAUGACCAAGUGUGUGACCCUUGCGAACCUUGCUACAAAGACCAACAAAGCGCCCAAACGAAAAGAAAUGAAGCUUUUGACAAGGCAACUGUCGCCGCUGUUCCUGAUAUAGUUGCUUGUGAUGGUGAAUACAUUACUACCCUUAUAAUGGCUGAAGUGUCUGACAAAGCAAGUGUUGCUGCUGAUCCUGAUACAGUUGAAAACAUACCGUCUGUAAUUGUUGAAGAAAUAUCUUUUCCUCAUCUGACAUCCAUGUGCCAAGACCAACAAAUUGACCAUGUGGAAAAAAAUGAAACUUUUGACGAGUCAAAGGUUAAUUCUGCAAUUGAUGCUACUUGCAAUAAUGCUAGCCUCACUUCACCUAUUAUGUCUGAAGAACUAUCUCAUCCUGACAUGUCUUCCUCCCAAGACCAACAAAGUGGCCAAGCAGAACAUAUUCCUGACGUUACCACUGGUGCUGCUCCUGUCAUGAUUGAGGACAGUAAUCCUACCAUGUGUCAAAUUCUCUUGCCGUCUUUCGAGCAAUUUGAGCUGUGGGAAAAUAACAAAUCAUCUGCUGGUGUUGGUGAAGAGAGCGGAAUUUCAAGCAUGACCGUCAGCCCCGACGCUUGUGAUGAGUUUGACGUGAUCUUUGAAAAUAUGGUGCUUCCGGUGAUGGAAUGUGAUCUACAGUCUGAGGGACAGACAGAGGCUCAACACCGCCUCUUUGCUGAUGAUACAGCCAUAUCCUUCAUUAACGAGGAUACAGCAGGUAUGGAGUUCAGGCCUUACCCAUCGCAUCGCUCCCAGCCACCAAACAGUCAGCGCACUUGGGAUAAUUAUGAAUCAUUUGCAGCCAACGAGGACAUGUUUGGCCAUGAGAUUGAGGAUAGUUACCACAGAGCGAUGGAUCAGUUUGCGGCACAGAUUGCACAUAGUGUUACUAGCUUCAGCGAUGAGCUGGAAAAGCAGUCAGACGUGAAAGUUGUCGUAGAGGCUGUUGAGUUUAAAAAGAAGGCAGGAGUAAGUAUUGAAAAGAAAAAUGAAACACAAGCAGAGAAGGAGAAAGAAGAGGACUAUGAAAAGACUGAAAUCAGUAUUAUGGAGGCAACUAUGGACCAUAAUGAAUGGAUCAUGGAUAGUAACUACCAAGCCCUUCCCUGGAUGAAUUAUUCUGCCACAUCUUUUGCCCAAGACCAUACAAAAACCAACCAGCUUCCCACUGAAGAGUGCCAAUACAGCUCUGCUGUAACAGACACCACUUGUAUAGGUACAACAGAUAUAUCACCUUCCACUGAAGUCGAACAAACCAGCACUCUCUCCCUUGUCGACGAAAGCACGGAAAAUAAAAAGCUUGUUGCAGUGCAGCCAAUGCCCCAGAAUGUCAAUGUGACCUUCCGCAUCCAUUAUUUCACUCAAUCGCCAUACCAGACGGUGGCUGUCACAGGGAACCAGCAGGAGCUGGGAAACUGGAAGGGAUUCGUCCCGCUAGAGAGAGCCAAGGACGGGCACUGGGCCGUGGUGGUAAGCCUGCCCACUGAGAGCCUCGUGGAGUGGAAGUUUGUGUUGGUGGACAAAGGCGAGGUGUGUCGCUGGGAGGAAUGUGGCAACCGGCUACUUGAUACGGGCUAUGGAGACGAUCUGCUGGUGCACAAAUGGUGGGGACGUUUGUAAGAGGUGAGGUGUGAGGAAAAUUGGGAGGGGCAAGUUUUGGUAUUGGAUACUGAACCAGACAGAAGUAAAGUUUAUUUGUACAGCCCGUCACAACACCCACAUGAUGAUACAGUAGAUUCAAAUGACACCUAAUACACAUUUAUACUGUAUCACAUCAUAAAUACAUCCUAGUAAGCAUUUAUUUGGUAAAUUUGGGGGUCAUCAAGAGGUCUACUGUGUAGGUUAAAACUGGGAUACAUUUGUUUUUCAGAUGUCAACCAUGUCACCAUUGUUAUGGUUUUACAACUUAAUUUUAACUAUAUUUAGCCCAGACAGCGAGACAUACUUUGACCUGCAAAUUUCCAACACCAUGAUCACUGGGAUAAAACAGUCGUCUAUGGGACUAUUCUUAGAGGAUUGCCCUCUAACAGCUAGUGAUUAAGUCGAUCAUUCAGGGAACUGAAAAGAAUGCCAUCAAAAGACAGAAGCAUUACAUAAAACGUCUUCCUUUUUUUCUGUGGCAGUAUCUGUAAUUAUGCAAAUUGCAACUCUUUAAAUAGGGUGACCUAAUGCAAGUGUUUAAUUGGUGUAAACGAAGACUUUAUUAUACUGUCCGUAUGCUGCUUAAAUACUCAAAAAUCUAUGAGAAUAAAUGCACAUAGUUCACUUUUACUACAGCAAUAAUGAAAGCAAUACAUGUAUAUUGUAUACUGUAUGACUGGUGUUAUAUCAGGUAUUCUAAUGUGUUUACCACUAAACUGUGAUAUAGUUGUAACUUUGAUGCUGCUUUUAUCUCGUGGGACUGUGUGCAUGCAAAAUGGUCCCAUUGUUGUUCUAUGAAUGUGCCUUUUAAAAAAAAUUUUCUAUUAAAGUGUUACAUCAAAACAGUGUGGAUUUUCUUUUUAAUACAGCUUUGCUGGCCAUCAUUUUCUUUGUUUCACUACAACUUUUAACUGAAUUACUUAUUAUAUUCUGUACUUUCUCUCAAACUGUCACUUUUUUGUCAAGGUUCAGUUCUUAAAUCAGUAUAGACUAUACUCUCUAUAUCUCAGAUUGUGUUAGAGUAUCCUGUUAUGCAAUACUGUGAUGAUAAUGCUACUCUUGAAUGUCAUUAAGGUGGAGUUGGUUACCAAAUAAACAAAUCUUCCAAGUCUGUCA